AAAUGAGUGAGUGAGUAAGUCCUAUCAAACGCACAUCCGCCGCCAGCCUCUAUACACUCGGCCCUACUCUUCUCUCUUAGACAUGGGCUACUAGCUGCUCUGGGGGUUCUCGUCUGUUUUGUAAGCGUGUGGAGAACCAAUAGAAGAAAAGAUGAGCCUGGAACCCACCUCCCCCGGCUGGUUCGACGUGGGCCGCGACAAGCCGUUCCCCGCGAUCUACCCUGAGCUUAAAACCCCCGUGACUGUUGACGUGCUGGAGGUCGGGUGGGUUAGCGCUUUCUUCACUCUCCUCGUCCCUUUUAUCCUUAUUUUGCCUGCGUUUACGGGCUGUCGGAAAAAAUGCCUGGUAUUUAUCAGGAUUUCUUUCUUUCUGCUGCUCGGCCUCAGCAUCAUGUUGUGCAACUUUGGCCAGGAGUGGGAGGUGGGACAUCUGACCACCAGAACCGCUUACCGGGCCGGGACAGCGCAAGAAAUUAGGGCCAGGGUUGGGGUCAAGCUCGGGUUGAGGUCGGUCAACAUCACUCUGAAAGCUGUAGAGAAACCCGAAGGAGACUUAGCAGGAGAGAACAUCGACUACAACGAGAGAUUCUACUGGACUUGGGCACAAGGCAGAGCUGGUUUUGGGCCCUUUGCUGGACAAAUACAACAGGACUUCAGGGCGGCUCAGCACAGGGGGGCGCCCUACCCGAUCCUGUGGGUGGCAGAAUAUUUUACGUUUGAUGGUGAAGGAUUUCGGUUUGGGCGGCACUAUCGCCUGUCUGGGUGGUACGCCCAUAUGUGCAUUUGGUUCGCUUUCCCCCUGUGGCUCCUGACGAUAAUUCUGGCCAAGAUCAACCUCAACUACGCUGCAAGGACGAUGUUCCUCAUGGGCGCCUCACUCACUUCCGCUGCUAUCAUAUGGGCGGCGCACAGGAACCCCAUCGAACUGCAAGUCCCGUUCGAAGACGACGUUCUGACGACCCACUUCGGCGUGUACUGGUACCUCUCCCUGGUGGCUGGUCUCGUGUGCAUCGUGCUUGGCCUCGUGAUGUAUUUUCCUCUCGGACAAGUAUUAUGAUGAACUGUCUUCGUUUUUCGGCAACAACCUUUGCAGUACGUGGAGGAGGAGAUCGGUGAAGAGGAGACGCAAGACCCGGCAAAACCGUCUAACGAAGUGGAGAUGGAGAGAAUGGGUAACAGACAGCCGACUCUGAGGUACAGAACCCGAGCUCGAGGGACGAGUAUGUGGAAGGAGAAACCUCUUACGCCUCCUCGACC